AUGAGUCACUGUGAUAGCAACUGGGACGUGAAUUCCGCCGGUGUUUUAUCUCUCGUCCUCAGAAUCUACAUCGUGACAUGGAAUGUCAGUACCAAGUUCCCAGAAAGCAUCUCCCUCAACAAGCUGCUGGGUUUGGAGAAUCGCCCUGAACAGGACACGCAUCUGCCGGACUUCUUUGUGAUUGGACUGCAAGAAGUGAACGCUCAGCCCCAGAACACUCUCUACAACCUUUUCAAGGAUGAUCUAUGGACGCAGAAGUUUAAGGAGGUGUUGAAGGAGCGUGAUUAUGUCGUGAUCAAGACGGAGCAGAUGCAGGGUCUGCUGCUGUCGGUAUUUGCCCGGCGGAAACACUUGCUUCAUCUGCGACAAGUUGAGACGGAGUACACCCGAACUGGGCUGGGUGGAAUAUGGGGUAACAAGGGAGCAGUAAGCAUACGCCUGAACGUGUACGGCAGCUCGAUCUGUCUGGUGAACGCACAUUUGGCCGCGCACGAUCACAUGCUGGAGGAGCGCAUCAAUGACUACGAACGGAUCGUACAGGAGCAAAAGUUUCACGUCAAAGCAAAGGAAACCAUCUUUGAUCAUGACUACGUGUUUUGGUUCGGCGAUCUAAACUUCCGUCUAACGGGCGAAGCGACCACGUCCGCUGAUGAGAUUCGUGCCAUGGUUGCACGAGAUGAGCUGAAGCAGCUGAUCGAAAAGGACCAGCUGCUGCUAGUAAGACGCGAGGGCCGUGCGUUUAGUCAGCUACAGGAACGGUUGCCACAGUUUCCACCAACGUUCAAGUUCGAGCAUGGUAGUAACGAAUAUGAUAUGAAACGAAGACCGGCAUGGACCGAUCGGAUAUUGUACGCGGUGAACGAGAACAAUUAUCGAAAUGUGCGCCUCACGGUGGAACAAACGUCAUACAAAAGUCAUCCAAGUUACAACAUUAGCGACCACAAACCGGUAACGAGUGAAUUCACACUAAAGUGUUCGCUCGAGGCUAGCCGAGACGAGAAUGGCAAUCUGUACGCUACCACGGCUAGCCGGAAGCUUAAGACGAUACGCCGCAAGAAACGGCGUCCCGCAGCGCUGCACAGUGCCAGAAUGGCGGACGCACCUAGGGAAGCUAGGGUGAAUCGUAAAUCUCGGUACAAUGUGGAACACUUCCGGAAUCAGCAUAACAAUCGGCUUAGCUACAAGCUUGCCAUGGCUAAUAAUACCGAUGUACAUUCUUUCGAUGAUCUCGUUACGGAUCUGGUCGACUACGGACAGGUGUACGAGGACACGACCGAGCGCACCAUUAGCUUCAAGCCGAUCGAGCUUUGGUUGGUCGGGGAACCGAACACUAUCGAGUAUGUCAUUCCGAACGGAUUCGAGGAGGGUAAUGCCGAUUGGAUCGGUAUCUAUCGGGAGAACUUUACUAGUCUGAGCGAGUACCUGGCGUACGAGUACACCGAAACGUACAAGGAUAAGCAGCAUCAGCUGAACGAGCAACAGCUUCAGCAUCUGCAGAACACCCGCACGGUAACGCUAACGUUCUCGGAAAACGUUAGUUUGCCACUCGAUUCGCGCUAUCAGCUGCUCUACUUCCAGAGCACCGGUACUCGCGGCGUUACCGGUCUGGUCGGUAUCAGCAGCUCGUUUGCGGUUGAAAAACGAUGCCCGUCACCGUCCUUCGACGAAAUUGAUUGA